CCUAUGAAAAUUACCUAAUGCAAGUUCAGCAAUAGCACCAUUAUAUGCAACCCACAUAAACGAGCCAAUUGCUCAGGGCAUUAACUUUUUGCAAUUGAAUGGGGCAACCAUGUUUGGUGGUUUUCAUCGGUAGCAGAACUUGGAUAGAGCAAGUUAUAUAAUAAAUCCUCCUGAAGUCAUGACUCCAGUAUUUGAACAACGGUAUUUGGAGAAUAGGCAAAGCAAUAUGAACAUGGCCUUUCCUGGAGAUGGAAGCAUGGCACAUGCUGUAGGAAUUAUUGCAGCAGGUCUUCAUGCAGAUUCUUCUUCAACAUUUCCCCAGACAAAUUGGGCCAACCCGCACAUGCAUCGUUUUCAUGUUGUUGCAAAUCAAAUGGGGAAGUUUCCAACGUCAGACGUGGUCAUGCCAGCUCUUCUCAAGUUGGUGCGAAUCAAAUGGAGGGAGUUUCCAAUGUCGGACGUGGUCAUGCCAGCUCUUCUCAAGUUGCUGCGAAUCAAAUGUGGGGAGUAUCCAAUGUCGGACAUGGUCAUGCCAGCUCUUCUCAGACGGGUCAAAGAGUUGCAAGACGACCUGUUAGAGGACCUUCCCCUCGCAUUCGAUCUCCAGCUACUGUUGAAAGAAGAAGAAGAUUAAUAAAUGAGGUAUAAUUUCCAAGUAUGAGAAGUUGAAGCCUUUGUCCAAUAAUAUACAUUUUCCCUAACCUGCUUUGUGUUGGUGUCUUCACCAUACAAUUUCUGCACUAUGUCAUCUGAGCAGUUACAUUGUCAUCUGAAGUAAUUCUUCAAAACAAGUUUGUUCCUCAAACCUUGUGAUGCAGAACUUAAAAAAGAAAUAAGGGCUGUGUUGGACAAUGUCUUCGUAUAAAUUCUGAAAUUUGUG